GCUCUUGCAUCUGUAGCGAUUCGGCUGAAGAAAGGUUUGGUUUCAGAAUUGUUCAAGUGUUUAACCCGAUAGAAACCGUUUAAUCAUCUUCAAAGUUUUACAAAUGCCGCCGAUUGAAUUAUUUGUUAUUAUAUAUAACAUUUCAUCGCUUUAUCUAACAUUUAUCAACGUUGUGUGAGCAAAGUAACAAAAAGAUUCAUGACGUUAAAGGAGCUGAGACGCGAGGAAAGGAAACGAGGAAACACAAAUUCUCCUCCGAAUCCCCGGACGAGAGUGAGGAACGGCUGGCGGAGGGACGCAGAAAACUUUUGAGGACAGAGUGUCCAAACACACAGGAAAACUCCUGAUCUGAGAUCCAUGUGACGCACUAUUAUAAAGAUGGCGUUUUUUAAAGAGGAGAGUGAAGACAUGAAGAUUGAUGAAACAUUCAGAGUCAAAAAUGAAGAGACUGAGGUACAAACAAAGAUGGUGUUUAUUAAAGAGGAGAAUAAAGACUUCAAGAUUGAAGAAACAUUCAGUGUGAAACGAGAAGAAACUGAGGAACACUCAAAGAUGGCGUUUAUUAAAGAGGAGCGUGAAGACUUCAAGAUUGAAGAAACAUUUAGUGUGAAACGAGAAGAAACUGAGGAACACUCAAAGAUGGCGUUUAUUAAAGAGGAGCGUGAAGACUUCAAGAUUGAAGAAACAUUCAGUGUGAAACAAGAAGAAACUGAGACACACAUAAAGAUGGCGUUUAUUAAAGAGGAGAGUGAAGACACAAAGAUGGCGUUUAUUAAAGAGGAGCGUGAAGACUUCAAGAUUGAAGAAACAUUUAGUGUGAAACGAGAAGAAACUGAGGAACACUCAAAGAUGGCGUUUAUUAAAGAGGAGCGUGAAGACUUCAAGAUUGAAGAAACAUUCAGUGUGAAACAAGAAGAAACUGAGGAACAAACAGACCUGGUGCCGUUGAAAGAGGAGUGUCAAGAUCUGAAUGAAAUGAAAGAUCACUGUUAUACACGUCACAAUCUCAUAACUAAAGAAAAAUCUUUUAGUACCUCUCAGACUGAGAAAUCUUCCUCAGAAAAACGUGCUCAAAUGAACGGGACUAUGGGUAAUUUCAUCUGCCAUCUUUGUGAACUAAGAUUCAAUAAGCCUGGACAGCUUGAAGCCCACAUGAAAGUUCACACUGAGAGGAAGUUUUACCCCUGCCAAGAGUGUGGAUUCAUUUUCAACCAACAAGGAAACCUUAAAAGUCACAUGAGAGUUCACACUGGGGAGACCCCUUACACCUGCCAUUGGUGUAGAAAGACUUUCAAUCGAAAAGGAAACCUUAAAGUCCACAUGAGAAUUCACACUGGAGAGACCCCUUACACCUGCCAACAGUGUGGAAAGAGUUACGUUCAAAAAAAAAAUCUUGUAUACCACAUGAGAGUUCACGGUGGAGAGAAGACAUUGACAUGCCGCAGUGUGGAAAGAGUUUCACUCAAGACAGAAACCUUAAAGUCCACAUGAGGAUUCAUUCUGGGGAGAAGUAAAAUAAAGAAAAAUAAACAUUUGUACAUUUCUAAAGUUGUUUAAAUGUAAAAUGUCCUUGAUGUACGUUACUUUUUGUCCAAACGCAAGUAUGCCAGACCAACUUUUCAUUCUAAUACACUCAUGACAUCACGUUACACAUAUAACUCGUUACUAAGGGUGUCACGAUUUUGAUUUUUAAAUCGAAAUCCAUUGAAAUUAAUUCACAAUCUUGAACUUCAAAUUAAAAAGUGGAUUCGUCGAUGCUGCCACGGCCCCAUGUCACGUCCGUUCGGUUUGCCAAGCGGAAAAAAACACGUGUGUAGAAGUGCUAUGCUCCUCUAACUUGGCUACAGCCAUUCAAAAGAGAGCAUGGCAACUGCAGAUGCAGGAGACCCGUCGACAGAACUUGAACCCCCUCUUUCAUUGAAGUCACAGGCAAAGUUUUUUGGAUUUCCAGUGAGUUAUGUUGACAACGUUCACGCUUAAAAGAAACCACAGUUUGCAUACAUCCCAAGUCUCGCGGAAUUUACGGGAGUCUCCCGCAUAUUGAUAGCGGCUUCCUGAUGCACGCAAAUUAGUUAAAAUCUCCCAGAAUCUAGAGUGAGCGAGCAAGAGCGCACG